UAGAAAGUUUUCCCGUCAACACGACAAACAAUACCCGCCCCUCUCACCUGUUUCUCAGAGACGAGUCCAUAAGUAAUCUAUUACGUUCGUCAUCGGUUGUUGCAAACAAACUCAGAAAUGGGGACAAAGGUCAAAAGGACUCCUACCUGUCGCCAGGUGCCAUUUUUUUCACAACUUUGACUUCCUUUUCCUGUCAUUUGUGGACGCCGUUGACAACAUCUAUCCACAGGAUCUAGGAGGAAUGGAGGCCUACCUAAAGACCAUCGGCUACGAAGGGCGAAGAGACGUCACACCAGACACCCUCAAGGCCCUACAGGCCGCGCACGCUCGAACGAUUCCUCUGGAAAACCUGGGGUUCAUGUGCGGAGAAAAGGUGCUACACUGCCCCCUGGCGGUCUGUAGAAGAAUCGUAUUAGGAGGACGUGGCGGGGCCAGUCCAGAACUGAACGGUGCCUACUGUUGGCUUCUACAGCAGCUGGGCUUCCAGGCGUACCUGGUCGCCUGUCAACUCUACGAUCACCAAUCCGGUAGCUUCCUACCAGAGGGUUCUCACAUCGCAGUUCUAGUCAGUCUCGGUCGCAAGCGCUUUCUGACCGACGUUUCCUGUCCGGCGUUCUCCAAAGAGCCGGUGGUCAUCGUUCCCCACAAGGUCCAAACGGACGCGGUCGGCGGUCGACAUCGACUUCGCCGCCAUGACGAAAUGACGUGGUCGUUCCAGAAACUGUUCUUCACCAGUUUCGACGGACCACUUUUUGAGGAGUGCGACAUUGCUCCCGAUCCGAACCCUCCAUGGACGACGGUCUACAGAAUCUCUCUCAUCCCCGUCGUUUUGGAGGACUUUAAACACUUAACGACUGUCAUUUACCAAAACGUCAAGUCAUUAAAAGGAGAGAGGCUAUUCUCACCUAAGAGGGACCCUUUGGUCAUGACACACACGAAAAGGGGGAGGAAGUUCCUUAUUGGGAAACGUUUUUGCACGGUGCUUUAUAAAGAGGGCGUGGCCAGAAAAACCGUGACUGACAUUGACACGUCUGAGGAGAUGGCUGACGUCAUCUGGCGGGAAUUCGGAAUCAGGUUUCUCGAGGAGAAACAGCUGAUGACCAGAAUAGACUUGUUAUACGAACGCAGAACCAGAAGAUCCAGCAUCUGAUGAAUGAUAACAUAAAAGUCCAUCUGUGUUGGUGACGAACGUCAUACAGCAACUAAACUUUCCUUAGUGGCGUCUGGCGUGGCGUAACUGGUUGGGCGUUCGGCUAGGAAUCUAUAGGUCCUGAGUUCGAUCCCCGCCGUGCCUCCGACGUAAAGGAAAUGCACUUUAUACGACCUUCCUCACUUCACCCAGGCGUAAAAAUGAGUACCUGACUUCGGUCGGGGAGGAUAAAGACCACCUUUUACCUUCUGUCUGCACCGUGUAUGUGACACCGUUGAUAUAAGUUACAAAACAUGAGUGCAGUGCCGCAUUGUCCUCGUUUGCCAACAAGAAAAUAGAAAAAAAAAACUUUACCUAUUCGUAACCAACUUCGGCAACACGUCGUUGCUGCCAGAUAACCUAUGUCGCCCCCGUCGAAGUUCUGGAUUCAGAGCCGGACAAACCAAUUUGACAUCCAUGCUCAUGACCUCCUGUGCGUUACAUCAUUCCAUGGAGUCAGUAUCUUGCAAAUUUGAGCCGGUAUCUCAAUGGACUGCGCCGAUUUGCUCGAAAUUUAGUGUUCAAAAUCUUUAUUUGAUUAGUUCUACAUUUCUUUAUCUUAUCAGCAAUUUCUUACAGAAGAAAGUGUGGCGAGGCAAAACAAUUUAUUUCGGACAUUAUCAACGUUCGAAAUAUAUAUAUAGUAAGCUUACCUAUUAAUGCAAUUAAAAAAUGUUAUUGUA